CGCAUCGCCGCGCCGAGCGCCCGCCCCUCUCGGCUGUCCGACGCUCGCGGCUCGCGCUCGGGCUCGCGAUGGGGAAGAAGUCCCGGGCGGUACCCGGCCGAAGGCCCAUCCUGCAGCUCUCUCCGCCAGGUCCCCGGAGCAGCACGCCGAGCAGGGACCCGGAGCCGGAACCCGACGCCGAACCGGACUCGACGGCGGCGGCGGCGCCCAGCCAGCCGGCCCCGGCAGCGGUGUCGACGACGACAACCGCGGUGACUGCCGCCGCGGCGGCCUCAGAGGACUCGCCCUCAGAAGAUCCAGAUGAACAGGAGGUGGUGGUGGAGGUUCCCAGAGUUGUUCAGAAUCCUCCCAAACCAGUCAUGACCACCAGGCCCACUGCUGUUAAAGCAACAGGAGGUCUGUGCUUGCUUGGUGCAUAUGCUGACAGUGAUGAUGAAGAGAAUGAUAUUUCAGAAAAGCCAGCACAGUCUAAGGAAGCAAAUGGAAACCAGUCAACCGAUAUUGAUAGUACAUUGGCCAACUUCCUAGCGGAAAUUGAUGCAAUAACAGCUCCUCAGCCUGCGGCUCCUGGAGCAGCUUCUGCUCCACCCCCGACUCCACCCCGACCAGAGCCAAAGGAAUCGGCACCUGCCCUUUCUUCCACUACUCCUAAUGGGACAGACUCAACCCAGACCGCAGGGUGGCAAUAUGAUACUCAGUGUUCACUGGCAGGAGUUGGAAUUGAGAUGGGAGAUUGGCAGGAGGUCUGGGAUGAGAACACAGGAUGCUAUUAUUAUUGGAACACACAAACAAAUGAAGUGACUUGGGAAUUACCCCAGUAUCUUGCCACUCAGGUACAAGGAUUACAACAUUACCAGCCUAGUUGUGUAACAGGUGCUGAAGCUAGUUUUGUGGUAAAUACCGACAUGUAUGCUAAGGAGAAAAAUACUUCUGUUUCUAGUAGUAAAAGUGGACCAGUCAUAGCCAAGCGAGAAGUUAAAAAGGAAGUAAAUGAAGGAAUUCAGGCUCUCUCAAAUAAUGAGGAGGAGAAGAAAGGGGUGGCAGCGUCACUGCUUGCUCCUCUACUGCCUGAGGGAAUAAAAGAGGAAGAAGAGAGAUGGAGAAGAAAAGUAAUUUGUAAAGAAGUAGAGCCAGUUUCAGAAGAGAAAGAAACAAGUACAACAGAAGAAGCAGCAGCAGUAAAGCCACAGGAAGUUCUGUUGGACAGUGUGGAAGACCCGACUCAGGAGGAUCUCUGCAGUGUUGUUCAGUCGGGAGAGAGUGAAGAGGAAGAAGAACAAGAUACCCUUGAGCUGGAGCUGGUUUUGGAAAGGAAAAAAGCAGAAUUGCGAGCCUUGGAGGAAGGAGAUGGUAGUGUGUCAGGGUCUAGUCCAUGUUCUGAUAUCAGCCAGCCAGCAUCUCAGGAUGGAAUACGUAGACUUAUGUCUAAAAGAGGAAAAUGGAAGAUGUUUGUUCGCGCAACCAGUCCAGAGUCUACCAGCCGGAGUUCUAGCAAAACUGGACGAGAGACUCCAGAAAAUGGAGAAACUGCAGUUGGUGCUGAAAAUUCAGAAAAAAUGGAUGAAAACUCAGACAAAGAGAUGGAAGCAGAAGAAUCUCCAGAAAAAUUAAAAGUACAGACAGUACCUAAAGUAGAAGAAGAACAGGACUUGAAAUUUCAGAUUGGAGAACUGGCAAAUACCCUGACAAGUAAAUUUGAAUUUUUAGGCAUUAAUAGACAGUCCAUCUCCAACUUUCAUGUGCUGCUUUUACAAACUGAGACUCGGAUUGCGGACUGGCGGGAAGGGGCUCUCAAUGGAAACUACCUUAAACGAAAACUUCAGGAUGCCGCAGAACAGCUAAAACAAUAUGAAAUAAACGCCACUCCUAAAGGCUGGUCCUGCCACUGGGACAGGGAUCAUAGACGAUAUUUCUAUGUAAACGAACAGUCGGGCGAGUCUCAGUGGGAGUUCCCAGAUGGUGAGGAGGAAGAGGAAGAAAGCCAAGCCCAAGAAAGUAGAGACGAGACUCUUCCUAAGCAGAGCUUGAAAGACAAAACUGGCACUGAUUCAAAUUCUACAGAAUCUUCUGAGAAUUCCACAGGUUCUCUUUGUAAAGAGUCCUUUUCCGGCCAAGUAUCUUCUUCAUCACUCAUGCCACUCACUCCGUUCUGGACUGUCCUUCAGUCAAAUGUGCCUGUGCUGCAGCCUCCGUUACCUCUGGAGGUGCCGCCCCCUCCGCCUCCACCCCCUGAGUCCCCUCCUCCGCCGCCUCCGCCCCCUCCUCCGCCCGUGGAAGAUGGUGAGAUCCAGGAGGUGGAGAUGGAAGACGAGGGGAGUGAGGAGCCGCCUGCUCCGGGAACGGAGGAGGACCCUCCACUGAAGCCCGCGGCACAAGCCACAGUUGCCACUAGCCAGAGUUCAGCCGAUUCUACCAUCUCUAGUUCUCCUUCCACUAAAGCGAUAAAGAGAAAAGCUACAGAGAUGAGCACUGCGGUAGUCCAGCGAUCAGCCACCAUUGGCAGUUCUCCAGUCCUCUACAGCCAGUCAGCUGUAGCUACAGGUCAACAAGCGGCAGGGGUUGGACACCAGACUGCAGGAGUUGGACACCAAGCAAUAGCAGUUAGCCAUCCGGCAACAGGAAUGGGUCAUCAGGCCAGAGGAAUGAACCUGCAGUCGAAUUACCUCGGCCUGGCGUCGGCUCCUGCACUUAUGGGCUAUGCUGAAUGUUCUGUGCCGCUGGCAGUGACCGCUCCCACGCUGCAGCCGGUCCAGGCCCGAGCUGCUGUGCCCACCACUGCCAUUAUUGAACCUCCUCCUCCUCCACCUCCUCCUCCUCCACCACCACCACCACCAGCUCCCAAAAUGCCACCACCUGAGAAGACGAAAAAAGGAAAGAAAGAUAAGGCAAAGAAAAGUAAAACCAAAAUGCCGUCUCUGGUAAAGAAGUGGCAGAGUAUCCAGCGUGAGUUAGAUGAAGAGGAAAACUCUAGUUCCAGCGAAGAGGACAGAGAGUCGACCGCACAGAAGCGCAUUGAAGAGUGGAAGCAGCAGCAGCUGGUCAGUGGCAUGGCAGAGAGAAAUGCUAAUUUUGAAGCCCUUCCUGAAGAUUGGCGAGCAAGACUGAAGAGACGAAAAAUGGCUCCAAACACAUAGUUUUUUACUUUUUUGUUACUGUGUGCUUUUUUUUUUUUUAAUGUUCAGAGUCUUAACCAGUUUUACUGUUUCCAAUAAACUAUAAAUGUUAUGAGGGAGAGCAUAUGAAUUUGCUGGGCAAGAGCAUACAAAAUUCCCCCAUUUGUGAAAUGUAUUCUGUUUUGCCAAAAGGUGAGGUGGCUGAGCCAUUUGACCUGGCUGCCUUUAUUCUCACACUGGCAAACUCAGCAUGUUAGGUACAUCAUCAGUCUGGACGUGUGGCUCAUGACACUUCUGUAGAGGACUCAUUGACGAGAAGGGAAGGAUUUUCCUGCCUAAUAGAGGCUCUUGUAGUUUCUAGUGUGGCACACUGUCUCUCGUUAACUUCUUCAGAACAAGUGCAAUUAAGAAGGCAGCUCUAUACUCUACCUUGCUUAACUGGGAUUAUAGGAAUUUCCUUCUGACCUCUUGUCUUAGUCUGCCACCCCCAAAGUGCUGAGGUAUACAAACUCAUCCAUGUUGUGCUAACAGACGGCCACACUCUCUAAAUUUAUAGAGUGUUUCUCACAAAUUCUAGAACUGAUAAAGAUAGCUCAGUCGUUGCACAUACCAGGUGACAUAUAUAGAUUUCAGUAUAGGCAGCAGCAAGUGUUCAUGCCUUUGAGACCCCCCCCCACGUGGGAGUCAAUGCAACGAGCCACUGGAUGUAUUGCUGUGUCUCCAUUGUCCUGCCUUGGUCCAGAGUUCACCUCCCAUUUAUAUGUGAAUGUAUUCUCCAUAAAAUUCCAGUAUUUAAAAAAGCAGUUUACUGUUCUGUACUUUAUAUUGUAUCACAAUCAGGUAAAAGUCACUUUAAACUGAAGAAAAAGCAAAUUGUGUUUUAAAGCUGUUUGUAUUUCUCCAGUUUCUGACCUUGUAAAUUUGUAUAUAUGCACUAAUAAAGCCUUUUUUAUACUUCUGA